AUGCAAUAUCUUUGUUUGUUCGGAUUCUACAUAAAUAUUUUCGACAUCGCGCCAAAAUAUGUCAGUCUACUAAAUGGCUUGCUGCUGAACGUACAUUUUAUUUCCAACUUUUUGUGGGUCAAUGUCGUACGUAGGGUAUUGAGUUCUGGGAUAAUUACCGAAGUCGAAAGUGCUUUCCUGAUGGCGUUAAUAUGUUUUGUGGUAGCUGCAUUGUAUGCCAUUUUCGCUUCCGCGGAACCACUACCAUGGGCAGCAGAUGAACCACUAGAAGAAAAUCAACAAAAUACGGUUGAAAACUUGAAAACGACCAAAAAUUUUAAUAACUUACCAUGA